CGAGAGCAGAGCGGGCGAGCCUGCUCAAAACCGGUCCACACCGGAGCCUGCAGCCCUAGGAGAGCCGGGGAACUCGAGGAGUGCACGGCGGAGGCUGCUCUCCUGAAGGUGAAUCAUCGCGUCCAAUUGCCAUUCCCCAGAGAACCCGGGGGAGGGCGGGAGAGGGGGAACGUGUGAGCGCGCGUGUGUGUGAAAGGGAGAGACGACGCCGGGCGAGAGAGGAAAAGUCUUCGCUCGCCGCUAAAAGGAAACAAAUCGGAGAUGGAAUAAGAGCGGCGGUAGCUGGAGCCCUCCUGGAUCCUCGCAAUCGCGGGAGCGGAGCGCGCCGCGCGCCAAACCGAGGACAGCGGGCGCCCUCAGGCGCCGCCGGGGGCUGCGGAGACUUUGGCUUUUCCCUUCAGUCAACAAACCUUUUGAUUACUUUGACACUGUGGGACAAAGAGCGGAGACCAGGGACCGGCCUAGCGCGCUGCACCUCCCUCUUGCUUCGGGGAGAGGACCCUCGGCUUGUAUGCGGAAGACACCGCCGAGCCCCCUUUAGCCUUCGGAGGAGACCGCACUCAAACGCGCACACUCAGGGCCACACUCGCUCGCCCUCCACUAACACACAUCGGCGGACUUCUGGUCCCUAUGCCCCUGCAUGGUGCCAGCGGACCGGCAUCUCGGAAGCGAUGCAUGAGCGGUAAGGCUGGCGUCGGCCCGCAGAAGCUACAGGACCAUCGCUAGGUGCUGCCGCCACCGGGACGCCCGGCUGCAGGAUGAGUAAGAGAUACUUACAGAAAGCAACGAAAGGGAAGCUGCUGAUAAUAAUUUUUAUAGUGACCUUGUGGGGAAGAGCUGUUUCCAGCGCAAACCAUCAUAAAGCUCACCAUGUUAGAACGGGGACUUGCGAGGUGGUGGCGCUACACAGAUGCUGUAAUAAGAACAAGAUAGAAGAACGAUCCCAAACGGUCAAGUGUUCCUGCUUCCCUGGGCAGGUGGCAGGCACCACACGAGCUGCUCCAUCUUGUGUGGAUGCAUCCAUAGUGGAACAAAAAUGGUGGUGUCAUAUGCAGCCCUGUCUGGAGGGAGAGGAAUGUAAAGUCCUUCCGGAUCGGAAAGGAUGGAGCUGUUCCUCUGGGAAUAAAGUGAAAACAACCAGGGUAACUCACUAACCACUCCUAAGUCAAGUAAUCCCUCAAGGCUGGGUUUAUGGAGACACAUGCAUAGAAACUUGACUCCUGAGGUGAUCUUGAAGAUUUUUAUACCUCUUAGAAGAGACACCUCAAAACCUGUUUCCAAGGGAUCCCAUGACUUGCCGUCUACUUCUUGAAAUGAAGACUUUAAAGAAGCCUGAAGUGAACUUUGUGUCCUGAAGGCUUCAUCGGCGGUGACCUAUGCCUGCCUCACUACGCUUCUGAGGGAAAGCUCAGCUCUCCACAGAGCUGGCAGAGUUGGUUUUCUGGGGUGACAAUCUCUGCUGUCGUGCUGGUUCCUGGCUUCAGCUGUGACUGUUCUCGUUUCUGAAGCUGUCUCCCAAGUGCACUGUCCUGUCAUGGCUGUGUUCCUGGGCCCUUUGUUCAUUGUCUCGUAGGACUGUGCACAGCUUUGAUGACGUUUCCUUUGCAAACUCCUCUGGCAUGGCGUAAACUGAAACAAUUUUAUUGGUAUUAUAAUCUCGAAACCCUGGAAGCCUACAUGUUUUAACGGCUCAUACUUGCCUCUGUGAAGGGAAUGGAAGUACCUAUCCGUUGAUCAUGAAAACGAUUGGCAAGCCCCAGUGAUCUGAGUACAUCAACCAUAUAAGAAUGGAAAGACAAAGUGACGCGUUUCCCCAAGGCUAACACGGGACUGCAGUUCUCUGUCAGUGGAACAGAUAGCCCUUAGGAUUGGGUUCCUGCUCCCAUUACAAAGUACUCUGUACCUCUAGCACACCUCCU